AUGCCCAAUAAUAAAAAAAAAAAGUUAGAAAAAAAUUUUUGAAUCGCCUUACGACUUCCAUUCAUAGAAAAUAUCAAAUUUUGUAAACAAUGUCAAAACCACACGAUGAUAAACCUGGCGAGGGUUUGCGAUCUAUGCGAUCAACUACAGCAUUUAGAGUGGUCAAUUUUGAACUAUACGCAAAACCCAAUAUAGUCAUAAUGAGCAUAGGACUGACAUGCUUUGGUUUGGCUCUAGGAUACAUUGCAUACAUGCGACAAAAAUAUGAAUCAAUGGGAUAUUAUUCUGCUAUUGAUAAAGAUGGAAAAGAGAUUUUUGAAAAGAAGAAAUCAAAAUGGGAUUGAAAUUAUAGAAUUUGUAAAAAUUGUAAAUAACUAUUAAUAUAUUGUAGUAAUAAAUAAUGGUUAAAAUAACAACAA